AUGAAAAAUGUUGAUUUAAUUGUUUUACGCGCAAUCACAACUCAACAAAAACGUUUGAGUUUAAGUAAUAAAAAACUUUAUCAUUUACCAUACAACAUUGAAUUUCUUAACUGGCUUGUAAUAUUAGAUCUACGUUCAAAUAAUUUAUCUGAUCUGCCAAUUCUACCAAAACAUCUACAAUCGAUUAAUUUAGGUCACAACUGGUUUACAACAAUACCUGAUUCUGUAUUUGAAUUGACGUCACUCAAAUCAAUCAGUAUGUAUAGCAAUCAACUUCAAUCUAUUCCAAGUACAAUUUUCGAGUCAAUGUGUUCAAUGCUCAACAAAUUAGAAUAUUUAAAUCUAGGUUAUAAUCAUAUUUUGACAUUGCCAUUUAAUUUUGGUCUACUACAAAAUAUGAAAACACUUCUUUUACAUAAGAACUUUUUAACACGAUUACCUGAGACAUUCGGGCAACUGAAAUCACUAACAGUUUUAGACUUAGCUGGUAAUAACUUACAACUUUUACCAUCCAACUUUACACAGUUGAAAUUAAAAGAAUUCUACGCUGAAGCUAAUCCAUUCACACGAAACGAUUUAUUUACUUCAACCAAUCCUUGGUUAGAAAGUAUUAUAGGAUCAAAACAAUGGCAAACAGCUGGAUUUUGUGCUCUAUGUAAAAACCCAUUUGUAACUUGGUGGUUAGAAAGUGUCCGAUUUGCCAAUCGUAAAGAAUUAAUUAUCUCUAAAAAAUCUCAGUUGAACAAAGCAUCUCCAGAAGUAUUAUAUCCGUUAAGGACUUUAUUUUGCAGUUAUCACUGCUUAAAUUCAAGCGAAAAUUGUUACGAAUUAAGUGUUGGUUAA